UCCGCCAAGCCGCAGACGGAACCAUUGCUCUGGCCGUGGCAGUGCACGGCACACGUUUGCCGGUUUUUGUUUUUAUUGUUUAUGGAUUGUAAAAAAGUAAAAUAUUAAUUCUAAAAUAAGAGGGUGUUGUUAUACAAAUUUAAAAAUGGAAAAGUAUUUUGUGUUAUUUUUAAUGUUAGCGGCUGUGUUCGCGCCGGGCGCUUCAAAUACACACAUGUUUGGGGGUCGCUGCUCCCGACGGGACCCCAACGUGGACGCGUGCUUGCUCCGCAGCUUCAACAGCCUCAUCGAGUACCUCAAGGGCGGAGCACCCGAGCUCGGCAUUGAAGAGUCAGAGCCGAUAGUUAUAGACGAGCUAUCAAUAGCCCUGGGCGGGGGCCCUGACGGCUACCGGGCCACCUUCAAAGACAUCCACGCCACUGGUGCUUCUAAUAUGACCAUCACGAACGUCAGGUCGGACUUGGAGACGCAUCAGUUCCAGCUGACGUUGUUCGGGCCGCACAUCAGCGCCCGCGCACGCUACCGUUCCUCUGGAGUGCUACUACUGGUCCGUGCCUCAGGCGGUGGGGACUACUGGGGAGAAUACGAUGGUGUAAAGGCCAAGGUGUACUUCCGCGGGGCUCCUUACUCCCGCGGCGGCCGCACGUACCUGAAGCUGCAGCAGCUGAAACUCGACUUCUCCGUGAAGGACAUUCAGAUGGGCGUCGAGAAUUUGCAUAAUAGCAACUCUGUCCUACAGGCAGCAUUGAACCUGUUCAUCAACACGAAUGCGCAGGAGUUGUUGAAGGAAAUGAAACCUGAACUGAAGAGGGACCUCGCGGAGAAAAUGUCACGGUUUCUCGACCAAAUCCUUGAGAAGAUCCCAUACGACGACUGGAUCGUAGACUAAAAUCCACAGAGCAAGAAUCUGCAUACGACACGACGUUCCCUGCUCUGCAGACCAUUUCAUGUUGAUACAUACGAGAAUCACAUUGUACAUAUUUUUUGCAAUUACUUUAUAAAUAUAAGUAUUUUUAAGUGUAAUUUUGACUACGAGUACAGUGAUUUUUUUUAUUUCUUCGAUUCGAAUUAGAUGAAAAAUUAGGUACAAGCAUUUUUUAUUUGACUGAAUUCUAGACUUGUUAAAGAAAAUACUGUUAUCAAACUUCGGCGAAACUUUUCAAGCUAUUUAUGUGUAGGUAUCUAAAAAAAAUGCAGUGUAUUAUAAAAAAGUGCAUUUUGGUAACAAUUUAAAAACUUUUAAUCAUAAUUAUGGUAGCCACAAUGUUACGUACAAAAUAUAAAGGUACAAUGAAUAUUAUGUAUUUUUAUACUUAAAACAUGAUAUCCAGUGAAUCAAUCUAACAUCUGCCAGUUUUCUGAUCCUAUUUCAGACUACUAUAGACUUAAGUAAUUUAUUUAGAUCAGUAAAGGAAAUACUGAAACUCUUUUGUUUCAAAACUACUUAUUUAAGUACGUUUAUUAAAAUCUUUAUAAACAAUAAAGAUUAAGAAUUAA